ACUGCUGAGGGAGGGAAGAUGGCGGCGCGGGCGGGCUUCCAGGCUGUAGCUCCGAGCGGCGGCGGUGGCGGAGCCGGCCCUGGGGCGGGACCGCUGGGGCCAGGGACUGCUGGGCCUCCUGUGCGGAUGGGCCCGGCCCCUGGGCAAGGAAUGUACCGCUCGCCUCUGCCCGGCACUGCAUACCCGCGCCCUGGCAUGCUGCCUGGCAGCCGCAUGACCCCCCAGGGACCUGCGAUGGGACCACCAGGGUAUGGCGGGAGCCCUUCAGUCCGACCAGGAAUGGCCCAAUCUGGGAUGGACCAGUCUCGCAAAAGGCCAGCCCCUCAGCAGAUCCAGCAAGUUCAGCAACAGUCAGUGCAGAACCGUAACCACAAUGCCAAGAAGAAGAAGAUGGCUGAUAAGAUUCUACCUCAGCGGAUCCGAGAGCUAGUACCGGAGUCUCAGGCAUACAUGGAUUUGUUGGCAUUUGAGAGGAAGCUGGACCAGACUAUCAUGAGGAAGCGGCUGGAUAUCCAGGAGGCCUUGAAACGGCCCAUUAAGCAAAAACGGAAGCUGCGCAUUUUUAUCUCUAACACCUUCAACCCGGCCAAGUCAGAUGCAGAGGAUGGAGAAGGCACCGUGGCUUCUUGGGAGCUCCGAGUGGAAGGACGACUACUAGAAGAUUCUGCUCUCUCCAAGUACGAUGCUACCAAACAGAAGAGAAAGUUCUCAUCCUUCUUUAAGUCUCUGGUGAUUGAACUAGACAAGGACCUCUAUGGCCCAGACAAUCACUUGGUAGAGUGGCAUAGGACUGCUACCACCCAGGAGACUGACGGUUUCCAGGUGAAAAGGCCUGGGGAUGUGAAUGUGCGCUGCACUGUCCUCCUGAUGUUGGACUACCAGCCUCCCCAGUUCAAACUGGACCCGCGUUUGGCUCGCCUCUUGGGGAUCCAUACCCAGACACGCCCAGUGAUCAUCCAGGCACUGUGGCAAUACAUCAAGACUCACAAACUGCAGGACCCCCAUGAACGGGAAUAUGUCAUUUGUGACAAGUACCUCCACCAGAUAUUUGAGUCUCAGCGAAUGAAGUUCUCAGAGAUCCCCCAGAGGCUGCAUGCACUGCUCAUGCCUCCAGAGCCAAUCAUCAUCAACCAUGUCAUCAGCGUUGAUCCAAAUGACCAGAAGAAAACUGCCUGUUACGACAUCGAUGUGGAAGUGGAUGAUACUUUGAAAACCCAAAUGAAUUCUUUCCUGCUCUCCACCGCCAGCCAGCAGGAGAUAGCUGCACUGGAUAACAAGAUCCAUGAGACCAUAGAAACCAUUAACCAGCUGAAGACCCAGCGGGAAUUCAUGCUGAGCUUUGCCAGAGACCCGCAAGGCUUCAUCAACGACUGGCUACAGUCCCAGUGCCGAGACUUGAAGGCUAUGACUGAUGUUGUUGGGAAUCCAGAAGAGGAGCGCCGAGCUGAGUUCUACUUCCAGCCAUGGGCUCAGGAGGCUGUGUGCAGAUACUUCUACUCUAAGGUUCAGCAGAGACGGCAGGAGCUAGAACAGGCUCUGGGAAUCCGCAACACAUAGACAGACCUGCCCCUCCCUAGCCAGCAGAUCUCAUGGCUGCCAAACACACUGCAGGGAUUCACUGCUCAGGCCUCUACAAUUCCCACUCCAGCACAGAACCUACCACUCUUCUCCCACUGGCAUCAUCUCUUUCUGCUGCUCCAGUCCCCCGCUUGUGGGGAGAUGAAGUUGGCAGCCAGGCCCAAAGUCUUGCAUUUCAGCCUGGCCCUCCUUCCUUGAUUGUUGCCUUUAGAGCCCCAGGGCUCUCCUGUCCUGGCUCUAGCUGAAGCUUUGCCACAUCUGGGACAGCUUCAGUUCAGAGCCUGGCAAGCUCAGGAUCCCCUUGCCAGUCCCUAGGGUCCCAUCCCACCUGCCCCCAAAGCUGUGGCCUGGACAUUUCUUCCGCACAUCAACUCUGGAUCUUGCCAGGUGGACACAGGUCUGCUGGGCCUAUUCAGUUUACUGCAGGGUUUGGGUUGAGGAGCAAGUUGCAUAUGCCUUCUGGCCUUGAAAAGGGGGUGAGGGAUGUUGUGCAGAUUCGUUUGUUGGGAGAGAACCGCAUCUCCCUCUAUGCAUGGCUUUCUCACUGGGAACAACAAUGCAGCAAAGUUGGCAAGGGGUGUGCAGGGUCACAACACUCACAUCUGUCUGUCUUCAUUUGGGUUUGAUUUGGGGCAGUGGGGGACAGGAUGGCUGGUGGAGCUGCUAGAUAAAUGUUGGGCCUAGUCCUGGGCCCAAAUCACUGCCUUUUGGGGGGCAAAGCAUCUCCAUCCCAACCCCUUAACUCUUCUCUUCCUCUCCCUGCCCCACUCCCAGGAUCCACCGAAGUGGGCAGGAGAACAGCUUCAAGAUACAGUUGCUCUCCUUUUGCCUUCCUCACCUGAUUGGCACAGAGCAGGUUUCUGGAGCAAACUGUAGGGUGGGGAACAGGGAUAUACAGGAGGCGCUCUUGAUCUGGAGAAUUGCAGCAUAGACGCUGAUCAGCAAAAUGAACGGCUGACUUUCUGUCCUGUGUUUCUUGGUCUCGGACACUUGCUGCUUCAGGAGAGGGGGGUGGAUGCAGCUGCAUCUUUCUGCCGAUUACUUUUUGGGACUGUAAUGCAGCUGGACAGGUCCUAGCUGCUCUUACUCUUGACACUAGCUGCAAAAAUCAAGUUACUGACAAGCCCCUUUCCUCUUCCCCUUCCGGAAUGAGGCUUGGGACUGCUAUGAAUUCAGGAGUCCCGGUGGCCCUAAUCCCUUUGUGUAUGUGUGUGUGUCCACAUUAAGAGUGAGAGAUGCUCCCCUCCUCGUCUUGUCCUUGCCAUACGAAAGACCACCUCAUCUUUACCCGCCCCCCCCCCCCCGCCCCGCUUUGUGGUACCAGGGAUUAGAGCCCUGGUGCUUUACGUAGCUGCCACAGGCUCUCAGGGCAAGUAUAGAUGAAGGAAGCUCAGAGACUGACUGGCUUGGCAAAGUCUAGCUCUUUUUAACUGCUCCUAUUAUUAUGCUUUGUGUUUUUGUGGUCCUCUUUUCUCCCCUCCCCCCCCCAUCCCUCCUCCCUUGGACCAAAUUUUUUUUGUACUGUAUCCUUUUAGAUGUCACCCCAUUUUAAUAAAAGCUGCCUCUAAAUGAA